AUGUCCGCCGCUCAACAGAAACCCGCAGCCUCCACACCUGCCGCUGCUGCCACCAAGGAGGAGAGCUUCAACGACUCCAUCCUUCCCAAGUACAAAGUUGCUGGAGAAAUUUCCGCUAAAGCAAUCAAAGCUGUCAUCGCUGCUGCCACCGAAGGCAAAACCCUUCUCGAGCUUUGCGAUAUUGGUGACAAAGUUCUCGAAGAAGAGACUUCCGCCAUUUACAAAGGCAAGGGUAUCUCUAAGGGUAUUGCAUUCCCCACCACUCUUUCGCUUAACAAUGUCGUUUGCAACUAUGCUCCACUCCCCACCGAUGACGAAAAGGUCACUUUGAAGAAGGGGGAUGUUGUUAAAGUUCAAUUGGGUGCUUAUAUUGAUGGUUUGCCUGCGAUUUGCGCAGAGACCUUUGUAGUUGGUGCUGAUAAGACCAGCCCUGUUGAAGGAAGGGCUGCUGAUGCGAUUAAGGCUGCUCUUGUUGCUGCUGAUGUUGCUAUUCGAGUUAUGAAGCCUGGUGUUCUUAACACCGAGGUUUCCAAGGAGAUCGAAACCGCUAUCAAGCAAUUCGAAUGCAAAGCUGUCGAGGGGAUGCAAACCAAUCAGUUUGCUAAAAACGAAAUCGAUGCUAAGAAGAAAAUCGUUCUCAACGCCGAACCUGGCUCUCGUCCUGACACCGUCAAACUCGAAGAAGACGAAAUCUACGGUGUCGAUAUCUCAGUCACAACUUCAGCUGAAGGUAAAACUCGCUCGGACGAUAGCAAAACUACCAUCUAUCGCAAGACAAACAACACUUACCUCCUUAAACUCCAAACCUCGCGUAAGGUCUUGAGCGAGAUCCAGAAGAAGGCCGCUUCCUUCCCUUUCAACAUCAAGGGUUUGGAAGAUAGCCGUCGUGCAAGGAUCGGUGUUCAGGAGUGCGCCAAGCACGGUCUGUUGACUCCUUUCCAUGUCUUGGAGGACUCGGAUAAGAAGGCGGUCACUGCACAAGUCUUCUUUACUGUCGCAGUCAACGCUAAGGGUGCGAUUAGGAUUACGCCCGCUCCUACUUGGGCUACCGAGGAAAAUUUGAAGCCGGCCAAGCAGGUCACGGACGAGAAGAUUAAAGCUUUGCUCUCAACUGCUGUUCGUCAGACAAAAAAGAAGAACAAGCCUGCUGCCGCUCCCGCUGCUUCCGCUUGA